AUGUCACGUCAAAAAAGGCGAGCCAUCUAUGGGGUCUUCUGCUUUGGAACCCUGCGAGUGCUUGCUAAGAAUACCUCUUUCAAAGCUUUUUUCAUUCCAUCCUAUAAGACGUAUGGCGUUCUUGGAGAACAUGGAGAUCCUUUCUGGGUUGGCAUGAUUGCUAUCAUCACUGUGUAUGCUGAAACCUUUGCCCUUGUCAUCGUUAGCUGCAUACCUGCUCUCUCCACUUUCUACAUCGGCACAUUUACGAAAAGCCGCUUCUACUUAACACUCAAGUAUGGCAUUUUAUACCGACUGAGAAGGUCCGAGGCGUCCAAUUUUGAAGCGGCAAGAAUGUUGUCAAUAUCAGAAUGCCCGAACGCAAAUCAAAAAAGCCAUCUCAAGCUUCCUCAUACUCAACAUUAUGGAACCAAGAGUCUGGACAAGUCGGUCAAUCAUCCUGAUCUAGCUUUCAAAUCUUAUGAUGUAUAG